UCGCAAGACCUAACCAAUCGAUGAGAAACACCGUAGCAGCAAAACAGUGCGCGAUGAUCAGCAAUAACUGCUGCUAGGCAUUUUUUUAAUUGAGUAGAAAUUAUAUUAACAAAAGUUAACGAAUCAGCUAUGUACUGAUGUUACCCACUUGAUAUCGUACCUUGGAGUUCUUGAAGUAACAUAGGUAAGAUAGUUAUCUGGCUAAAUAGAUGACUAUCUGUUUCUAAAAACUUGAAAAUAAUUACGUUACACUAUCGGAACUUUGGUAUACAGCGAUCUGGGAAAACGUGUUAUCAACUCUGAAUGAGUUUAAUACUUCUCUGGUUUCGACGAGUUUGGUCUUUAUGGAGAUGUGAAAUCUCAUUGAUCCCGACCUCAGUCACAUUUCACAUUGACACAGACCGAGUAGGGAGCGCGCGCUCGGCACUGCGGAGUCCGGAGAAGGGUCCCUCCUCCAGUCGGGGAUUUAAAUCGGAAGAAAACAACACGAAUUCUGCGGAUACGCUCUACUCAAGUGAUUCGGUACACUAGAGGAAGACAAAAAGGCUCGGGAAAUCUGAAAGGAAAUGCCAAUCGCUGCCGCUGGUCAACCGACGACACAAGAGCCUUGCGUUUACUCCCGGCUGCCCGCUACUCCCGAUCCCAUCCCAAAACGGGGUCAUCUUCGCGCGGACACGGGGGUGCAGCCUCAGGAGCACAUUGACUACGCGGGAGCGGAGGGGGGCAGAGGACCCGGGGGCCACAGCAGCAGGGUUUUUCCAGAGCCCGGAUCCUCCUCUCAGUCGCAGUCUCCUCCUACCCCCUCCCCCUUCGCCACCUCCUACCCCCAACACCACCCCCAUUCCCCGGCCAUGGAGCCCCCGAGGACUCGGUCGCGGUCGCGGUCUGGAUUCUACCAGUACAACAUGAGCAGCGGGGCUAACGGCAACAACGCCGUUAAUGCCAGCGCCGGCUUCGGCGUCCCUCAUCCACAACAGCACAACUCUGGGUGCAUGCCCCGCGGGGGACCCAGCCCCUCAGAAAUCCAGCGUACCCCAGGAAGUAACCUGCCGCCCAGCGCACAGAGACACGCAGGGCCCGGCGCACACCGAAACGCCGGGGCAGGAGGAAUCGCCUUCCACUGCCACCCGGACCCUGCCUAUGGAGAAGAGAGUGACAAGAGUGAGGACUGCCCCAGCCCGAAGCGUCAGCGCCUGUCCCAGCAGUCAGUGCUGGAGCUGGCCGUCGCCCCCCCCUCCACGCCCUCGCCCCCCAUGCGCCCCUGGGAGCUCCCGCACAGCCGCAGGCCACACCCCCUCCCCCACGGCCCCGCCCACCCGCAUUACGCCCCCGAGCGCUGCCACACCCCGGCCCGCAGCCGCCGCAGCCCUCCCGUCAGGCGUCAGCGUGGUCGUCGUGAGCGCCUGACCCGCCAGCACCACGCCCACCACGGCUCCCCCGGGGGGGGGCAGGACGAGAACUACCACCACCCCCACCUCGCCCCCCACCACGGCGCCCACCACAUCCCCCACCCGCCCCACUCGCACCCGACCCACCCGUACGGCCAGCCGCCCCCCCCGCCCGGCCUGGAGGAGCCCCGGGCCUUCCACCCCCCCACCCUGUCCCCCCGCCUGCUGCACCCCGCAGCCCACCCCCAGCAGCAGAGCAUGGUGAUGGACCUCCACGAGCAGCUGCAGCAGGGCACGGUGCCGGUGUCGUACACUGUUUCGCCGGUGCCCCCCCACGGGCUGCCGCCCCCCCUCUGCACGGGACAGCACCUCCCCGCCUGCUCCUCCCAGCAGCAGGUCCCGGGCUGCUCCGUGGUCUUCAGCAGCCAGCACUACCCCGUCUGCAGUGUGCCCCCCCCAAUGCUGCAGGCCUGCUCAGUCCAGCACUUGCCGGUGCCCUACGCCUUCCCCUCCCUCCUCUCCAGCGACCCCCCGUUCCUCCUGCACCCCCCCCAUCUCCCGCACCACCCGCCCCACCUGCCCCCGCCGGGGCAGUUUGUGCCCUUCCAGACGCAGCAGUCCCGCUCGCCGCUGCAGAGAAUCGAAAAUGAGGUGGAGCUGCUUGGGGAGCACCUGUCGGUGGGCGGCGGCUUCGGCUUCCCCCACUCGGCCCACGCCAGUGCCAUGCCCCCCUCCACGCCUCUGCAGUUCCUUUCCCAUGAUCCUCUACCUCAGGAGCUCUUUGGAGUGCCGUACCCCCACUUCAUGCCUCGGAGGGUCACAGGGAGGCGCUACCGCUCCCAGCAGGCCGUGCCCCCCCCGCCCUACCACCCCAGCUUCCUGCCCUACUUCCUCUCGAUGCUGCCGGUCCAGCCCACUGUGGGACCCGCCAUCAGUCUGGAGCUGGACGUGGACGACGGCGAGGUGGAGAACUACGAGGCGCUGCUGAACUUGGCGGAGAGGCUGGGGGAGGCUAAGCCGCGCGGACUGACCAAGGCCGACAUCGAGCAGCUUCCAUCCUACAGAUUCAACUCCAACAACCACCAGUCUGAGCAGACCCUGUGUGUGGUCUGCAUGUGCGAUUUCGAGUCUCGCCAGCUGCUGCGAGUCCUGCCCUGUAAUCACGAGUUCCACGCCAAGUGUGUCGACAAGUGGCUGAAGGCCAACAGAACCUGCCCCAUCUGCAGAGCGGACGCGUCUGAGGUGCAGCGGGACUCCGAGUGAGGGGGGCGGGUCCAGCCCCCCCUUCUGCCCUUCUGCCCCGCCCACCUGUAUAUAAGCCCCUCCCCCUGCCCUGCAUCUGCAACCUCACCUGGGUCCUGUUUCUCCUUUCUUCAUCUUUUCAUUCACCUCGUCCCCUCUUUCUUAUCUCUCUCCAUUACAACACACACACACACACAUGCUCGCGCACACACGCGCACGCAUACUCACACACGGGCACACACACAAACACACACACGCUCGCACACAGGAUUUCCUUUUGCACUGCGGGAGUUAAUGUGCACCUUUGACAUGUUACAGUCUUCUAAACUGCACCUGAACAGACUGAAGCAUUCACACGGUUGGUUGUUUUUAACUGACUGUGUGACUGUAACUCCAAAGGUUAUUGUUCUGAAUAUUCUUACGGUCAGUAUGAUGGUGUGUUUUCACCUGGUGAUGGUUUUCUCUGCUGUGCCAUGUUUUGAACUCUUGCUCUGUGUGUGCGUGUGUGCGUGUGUAUGGCCGUGUGUGUGUGCGCGCUUGUGCAUGGGUGUGUGCACGUGUGUGUGUGUGCUCUAACAUUCCCAGGUAUUCAGACAGUUUUGCGUGUGGCUGUGCAAACUGACCAUGUGUUUAAGGGGGAAUUAAAACAAAAACGGACAAAAAAAACGUACAGAUAACAAGAUCAAUAUUAAAAUGUGGGUGAAUGCAAAACAAGGUUAUAGGGUAUAUUUGA